GGCGGAACAAACCGGAUACAUGCUGUAACUGCUCGCCCGCACUGCAGAUUAACUCUUACCGUGCUGGGAGAUGCAGCAAGACAUGGACAGGAUUGGUCAGAGCUUCUACUUCCCGAAGCUCACGUAACACCUCAAGCAAUCACUCUUCCUGGGGAUUGCAAGGACACCUCCUAAACUCAGCUCGUUCCUCAAUCUGCCACACGGAGCGUGUGGACUGAGGCCAGGCGCUGUAGAAAUGGAGCAAAACUUAGGGAUGCACACCCAAGAGGCCGGGCGAGGAGUGUGCUUCUGAAUGUUAUGCCUGUUCUUCUAAAAGAGAAGAGCUGUGGGAAACUGUAGAAAACCCAAAGCUCCAAAGAACACAGACUUCACAGUAUGAUCCGCUGCUUUCCCACAUAUGGUAACAGGGGCUGAAUUUGGCCACACAUUGCUGUAUGUGUGUGUGUGUGCCUGUGUCCAAUGUAUGUGUGUCUCACAAAGUGUUGAGGAGUUUUUAACUUCAGCAGGGAGUGCCUGGCCUCCCCUCCAGUGCAGAGGGAGGUGGUAGUGUGUGCCCUCUGUGUUCCGGAUGCAGAACAUCCUCGAUCAAAACCUAGACAUGGCUACGGCUUUACUCGCCGGCGAGAAGCUGAAGGAGCUGAUCCUGCCCGGCUCCUCUCAGGAUGAGAGGGGCGGAUUACUGUCUGGCCUCAUGGUGCAGCUCAAACUGGAGCUGCCCUUUGAUCGUGUUGUCACUAUAGGGACGGUCAUCAUCCCCAUCCUGCUGGUCACUCUAGUCUUCACAAGGAACUUUGCAGAGGAGUCCAUAUACUGUUACACACCACACAACUUCACCAGAGACCAGGCACUGUAUGCAAGAGGCUACUGCUGGACAGAGCUGCGGGAUGCUGCACCUGGUCUGGAGUCUCACCUUUGGCCUUCACUAUUUGAACACAAGUUCCUGCCCUAUGCCCUGCUGGCCUUUGCUGGAAUCAUGUACAUUCCUGCUCUGGGCUGGGAGUUCCUUGCCUCUACACGGCUCACUUCAGAGCUCAAUUUCCUGCUUCAAGAGAUUGAUAACUGCUAUCAUCGAGCUGCUGAGGGCAGAGCCCCAAAGAUCGAGAAGCAGAUUCAAUCCAAAGGACCUGGCAUAACUGAGAGAGAGAGAAGAGAGAUUAUUGAGAAUGCAGAGAAGGAGAAAAGUCCAGAGCAGAACCUGUUUGAGAAAUAUUUGGAGAGACGAGGCCAAAGUAACUUUCUGGCAAAGCUUUACCUGGGACGCCACCUGGCUAUUGUCUGCCUCAGUUCCAUCCCCAUUUCCUACCUGAGCGCCUACUACGCCCGCCAGAGGCAGAAUGAGUUCACCUGUGCGCUGGGUGAGCCACCAGACACUAGCAGCUAUCAAGAGCUGAAGCUCAGGGUCAAUUGUAAGCUGCCUGCUGUGCAGCUGCAGCGCAUCAUGGCAGCAGUAGACAUCGCUCUGCUUUGCACCAUGAACCUCAUCAUCCUGAUUAAUUUGCUGCACUUGUUUGUGGUGCGCAAGUCCAACUUUGUUUUUGACAAACUACACAAAGUUGGUAUCAAAACCCGGCGACGCUGGCAAAAGUCUCAGUUCUGCGACAUCAACAUCCUGGCCAUGUUCUGCAACGAGAACAGGGACCACAUCAAGUCGCUCAACCGGCUGGACUUCAUCACCAAUGAGAGUGACCUCAUGUAUGACAAUGUGGUCAGGCAGCUGCUGGCUGCGCUUGCACAGUCCAAUCAUGAUGCUACGCCCACUGUGAGGGACUCUGGGAUACAAACAAUUGAUGCCCACAUGGACCCCUCUGAUCUUGGAGUGGGAGAGAUGGGUGGGGAGCCACUGGUCAUCAAACGACCCCGAAAGAAGAUGAAAUGGAUCCCAAGCUCGAAUCCUCUUCCUCAGUCGUUUAAGGAACCUCUUACUCAAACACGUGUGGAAAAUAACGGCAAGCCUGAAAAACCCAAACCAGUCAGACGAAAGGCACUGGCAGACAGCUUCACCGCACCACUUCUGGAUACCAAGAGCACACAAUAUCCUGCAAUAAAAAAUAUGAGUGGGAUGGAGAAAAAGCACACUCGCAACUUCUCUCUGGACGUCCACCCAUACAUGCUGACCAUUCGUAAGCCCAAGGUGGAGGCCACAACCGCAGAGCCUCUUCCCUCAAAGCACAACAUGGAUACAGUGUACCUCGAAGGCACACACACUAUCGUUCACGUGUCUGGUGCCGUUACAGAAACUAAGAUUUGCUCUCCACAAUCCACCAACACUGCCUUUUCUACGGUGACCCUGCCCACCACGGCUUACGUGAACGGUGUGAGCCCGAACCCUCCCUCUAGUGAGGACGCACUCAGUCCCAAGUCCUCUCCUCCUCCUCCUAUUUCUCCAAGGGAGCCUCCCACCCAGACGGAAAACCCUGAGUGUCAGCCGCCACCUCUGACCAGAGCCGCUACACACCAGCUGCUGAGUUUACAUCACACUCUCUUUGAGGAAGAAGAGGAUGAAGAAAACCGCAGGGACAGACUGGCAGAGAGACCCGGGGAGCUCAUCGCUGCUGGGGAAUGUUAAAGGAAGAGAAGAAGAGGGACGCCGACACUACACUCACAUGACCACCAUGUCGAUCACCUUCUAUCAACAGCCACCUCUGCUCUUUAAAUGAAAUCACACACUUCUGUGAUGGUUAGAUUGGACAGUGAGGACGUGACACGGAACUCUAGUAGUCGUAAAAGCUAGAUGACUCAAUUUUAGAUGGGAAAAUUAAGGAUUAGAUUUGUGAAUUUGAUGAUGUUGACAAGAGUAUUGCUGUUGGAAAUGAUGGCACAUUCAUGUCUCAGGAUGACUGUGUACAGCUAAACACCCUCCAAUGAAACCAGCAGUGAUUUAAUUCAACAGGGUGCUACAGUGCAGGAUCAUACAGCUUACAGGCUUGAAAGGAAAAGAUGAGCGGCAAUGAAAGAUCAGUGAGCAUUCCAAAAGA